AUGGAAUACAUCUCUGCUGAAAGUCACAAAUCUAAUCUAAUCAAGUUGUAUAGAUGGCAAACCAAAGCCAAGAAAGAGCAAGGGCUAGGGGACCGGCGGAGGAUAGCACAGAGGCAGCUUCGGAAGGGGCGCCGCUGCGGAGGGAGCGCUGCUGGUCGCCGCCUAGGCAGCCCAAAAGAGAACCAGCCACCGGUUGCAGUGACCGCCCCUGGCCCCCAGCUGCGCCUUGCCUGUAGGCUGCAGUCGCUCUCAGCAGGUUACCGGCACGCCCGAGAGCUCUGGUGGAGGUGCAUUCGGAGCCAGCUAGGGGUCAAGGAGGUUUGCAUUCAACUGAGCCUCUCCUGGCGCUGCUGCUCGCCAGCUACUGGGCGUCAGGGCGGCGGGUUCCUCGGGUCACAAUUGGCGGAAGAUGGAGCCUUAGAGGCUAGUAAAGAGGAGUGGAACUUCGUGGCCGAGUGCCGGAGGAAAGGCAUUCCCCAGGCCGAGUACUGCAAGAACGGCUUCGUAGACACCAGCGUGAGGCUGCUGGAACGAUUGAAAGGCGCUCUCUCGCUGUGCAGAGAGCGCUUUCCAAGGAGAGAGACAAACGGAGCAGUGAGUUUGUGUUUGAACUUUCCGGCGAUCACUGGAAGGGAGUUCCCAGAUUUUUUGAAGGAGCAGACGCAUCUGAAAGAAUGGCACAUGAGCAAUACUCUGAUUCAAAUCAUUCCUAAGUAUAUAGAACUGUUUCAAGCCAUGAGGAUUCUGGAUCUGCCAAAAAACCAGAUCUCCCGUCUUCCAGCUGAAAUCAGUUGUUUGAAGAACCUCAAGGAACUCAACAUGAGUUUCAACCGUCCGAAGAGCAUUCCUCCAGAACUGGGAGACUGUGAAAAUCUAGAGAAACUGGAUUGUUCUGGAAAUCUAGAAUUAACCGAGCUCCCUUUUGAAUUAAGUAAGUAA